CUACUGGCCAGUCAAGACCAACAAGCCAAGCAUGCGCACGCUAAGACACGCUAGCCCGGCCCAUCGCGUCCCCUCACGGUUCACCCUUGCCGAGGCUGGCCGCUGACGAGCUUCGCCCCCAUCCAGACGCACUUUAGAUGCAGAUCGCACGGGACGACCGCCAGCGUGCCCAAACAGAUUGCUCUUAAUGGGCUGCUGAAGCCAUUUAAUCUAUUCUCACUGCGCUUAUCAAUAUGUCCGACACGAUUACGGGGCUAUAUAUCCUCGCGUCGACCCUGUGGUCGGCGCUGACCGCUCGUUGGCAGGCAGUGACCGCGCUGUUUCUGAGUCUUUGGCAGUCAGCGACGAUGAAGCUCUUUGCACCGUUUAAGACGGCUCCCUUGAUGGCGGCGGUUAUCAUUGCCAAGGCGCAUUAUCCUGCCCUGCCCGAGGAUCUAACGACGCCGGUGCAGCAGAGGUUGGCGGUUUAUGGGUUGAAUUCUGUGUCCAUUGGAUGGAACACGUAUACCCAGCUGGACGAGUCAUGCGUCCGAUUCGGGACCGAGAGGGAUAACCUCGACCACCAGGUCUGCACGGUCGGAAUGUCAACUACAUACCCGUCCUCGCGGACCUACGAGAACAGGGUAAUCCUUCAAGACCUGAUACCAGGAACAACAUACUACUACAAGAUCGUCUCCACAAACUCAACAGUGGACCACUUCCUCAGCCCACGCACACCGGGCGACAGGACCCCCUUCAGCUUCAACGCCGUCAUCGACCUCGGCGUCUAUGGCGAAGACGGGUUCACGAUACAAGGCGACAAGACGAAGAAAGAUACGAUUCCGCGGAUAAACCCCGCGCUGAACCAUACGACAAUCGGGCGGCUGGCGAACACAGUCGAUGACUACGAGUUUAUCAUUCACCCGGGCGACUUUGCGUACGCGGACGACUGGUUCCUGUCGCUGGAUAAUCUCUUCGACGGCGAAAAUGCCUACCAGGCCAUCCUCGAGAAUUUCUAUGAACAGCUCGCGCCGAUUGCGGGCCGGAAACCAUACAUGGCGUCCCCCGGGAACCACGAGGCCGCCUGCCAGGAGAUCCCACAUACAACGGGACUCUGCCCCGAUGGGCAAAAGAACUUUACAGACUUCAUGCACCGCUUCGGGAACACCAUGCCAACGGCAUUCCCCUCCCUCUCAACCAACACCACCGCAAAGAUCCUCGCGAAUAAAGCGCGCCUCCUCGCACAGCCACCCUUCUGGUACUCGUUCGAAUACGGCAUGGCGCACGUCGUCAUGAUAAACACGGAAACGGACUUUGAAGCUGCGCCGAGCGGACAGGGUGGAUCGGCUGGAUUAAACGGCGGUCCCUUUGGGACGCAGAAUCAGCAGCUCGAGUUCCUGGAAGCGGAUCUCGCGAGCGUCGAUCGACAAGUCACACCCUGGGUCAUCGUUGCGGGCCAUAGACCGUGGUACACGGCCGGCCUCGCCUGCGGACCGUGCCAGGAAGCUUUCGAGGAUAUACUGUAUGCCUACGGCGUCGACCUCGCUAUCUUCGGGCACGUGCACAAUUCGCAGCGCUUUCUUCCCAUCUACAACGGAGUCCUUGAUCCACGGGGUAUGCAAGACCCGAAGGCACCCGUGUAUAUUGUUGCCGGGGCGGCGGGGAACAUCGAGGGGCUUGUGAAGGUUGGAAAGAAGAGUGGUGAGGGGUUGGUGUUUGCGGAUGAUGAGGAGUAUGCGUUUGCGAGGGUUAGUGUGUUGGACGAGUGGAAUUUGGGGAUUGAGUUUGUGGGUUCUGCCACGGGGGAGGUGCUGGAUAGCAGUUUGUUGGUCAAGGGGCAUGGGGAGAGGUUUGUUAGGCAAUGAUUGGAUCAUAUUGGAUGGCUUUGGAUAUACCGUGGACGGAGGAUCUAAUUGGAUAUACUACGCGGGUAUAUAUGGUGCUCCCUCACUGCGAUCGUCUUUGCUAUACAUAUACAUGUACAAUGCAGAACACCUGGAAAUUAUCCAUUCAAACUAUGGGACACUCCCAGAAAACCUGC